AUGUUGCCGUUCAAGGGCAAGCAAGUCUUGAUCAAGCUGAUAUGCGGCGGCGCUUUGCCGAAGGAAUUGUCCGAGAACGAGUUCGCCAAGAUGCUGGUGAGAACAGCGCGUUUCCUGCGUUGGCUAGCCGUGGGGCUGUACCCGGAGCAGUUCAAGCUCCUAGAGUCCGCGCAGGACAAGUGGUCAGAAGGCAUCGAUAGGCGCUCGGUUCUCUGCACAGUAAGCAUCUUCUGCGCAAUGGCUGCGCUCGCGGGCAUCUGGUCGGAUAUGUCGACGAAGGCCGCUGCCGCCGCAACGCCUCCCAGCGCAGCGGUGGCCUCGGCGGCCUCGUCGCCGCUGUUCUGGGCGCCGCCUCGGCGCUCGUAUCGGACAUGUGCGAGAGCGGCCAAUGUGAAGCUGUUGCCCGUGGAAGUGCCGCAGGAAAGUUGUCCUGGGCUAUUCUUAGUGCACUGCGAGCCAGACGUUGCGCCGCUUUGCGUCGGCAUCGACGUGAAACAGCGUGGGCCGCACAAGUGCUACGUCGGCAGGGAGCGCUGGAGUCUGCCGGCCGGGGCGCUGGACGAGGCGGUGUUGGCGGCUCGCGAUCGGUGUGUGGUAGUGGCAUUUCAGAUGAAGCCCGCCGAUCGAGAUGACGAAGAUCAUCGAGAUAGUUCGUUGGAUGGCGCAUUGGAUUUAUUUGCGGGCGCCGGCAUCGAGGACAAUGUCGCCGCCGUCUGCCGCGCGCGCAGACGCCGCUCGCACGCGGCGCGCGUCGCCGCAGGUAGCCCGAGCUCAGACCGCUCUCUGUCGCCGCCCUCGCCGGCCAGCCCAGCUGCGCAGCGGGGGGCGGCAGCUCUUCGCGAGCUCGGUUGUUCAAUUCGCGGCAUCGUGCCUUUUGACCGGCGACGUCUGACGUGGCACGGCAACUGCAUCCCGUUCGGCAUUGCGGCGCUCACUGGCGAUUGGGAUGGCGUCAUCGCAGCUGCGACUGUGGAUUCGACUGUGGAUUCGGACGAGAACGCAGCAGCUAUGGCGAGCGGCCUUCGUCGAUAUAGUGACUGCGCCAAUCUCUUUGGCGUUUCAUUGCGGCCAGUGCCGACGACGGCGUUGCAGGCAGAGAACAUUGCGCAGCUGUCGAAGUAUUCGAGCACGGCGGCAGCAUCUUACACUCAGAAGGGUUAUCUUGGGACGUACCUCGAGGCGGCGUUCGCUCUCGGCGGCGGGCAUUCGUCGACCCUUGGCGAUGACGUCGCUGCACGCGACGCCAUGGACAUGGUGGCCGGAGCCGGCGUCGAGGAGGAGGGGGCCGUUGACGUCGCGAACGCCGACGACGAGCACGCCGAGGAAUUGGAUGACGAUUCAUGCGUGCGCGUGCAUGCGAAUCUCUUGCAGCUUCUACGCGACGAGGUUACUGACUUCGAGAUGAUCGUGAAGUCGCUCUCUCGCACAGGCGCCACGAAGGACGGGAAUGGGAGCGUUGCAAGGUGCUUGCUUUGCCCAUUCAAAGAGUAUUCUACUUCGUCUGUAAACGUUAAGAGGGAUCUCCUUGCGCAUAUCGCGAAUCACCACGGCUUGCACAGAAAAUGCGAGAAUGGUAGAGAUCGUAAGAUGGGAUCAGGUCGGUACGUUGCUUCAGGCACUAAGCAGUGGAAAGUCAUCCAGGCGUUGUUUGACGACGACAUGUUAUCAAAGCAUCAACCGAAUAACUUGCUGCAGCGCAGUGCCGAUCUCAUGCGGCGGUCGGUGAGCCCGCCGUUGCGGUGUCUUGGUGUUGACAAGCAGAUUCGGCUGCUCCUUGACCACGACGGGCCCCGGUUUGUCAACUUCGAGGAGUUCGCCGAGCUCGUCUUCCGCGAAUCCAUCUUGCACGAAGGUCGAGUGCGCCCGAUGAGGGCGAGGAUUGUGACGCGCUUUAAGGAAGCCGGCAGUUGCGUCACGCACCUUCUACCAGGAAAGGUCGUUCAGUGGUUGUCGUUGAUGGAGGACGUAUUCUCGUCUCCGUUCGUAGAGGAAGUGCGAACCAAUCUCAUGGGCGAGUUGGUUGAUAAUACAGAGUUUGAGCACGUUUCGUUGGAUGCAACUCUGCGCACUGCCAUGCGCGUGAAAGGCCAGGCGAACUACAGGGAACCGGCAGAGAUUCGAGCGGCGGCGCCGUUUCCAGACGGCGUUGCCAAGAGGCGCAUUUUGACUGCCAAAGGUCGCACGUCAGCCGCCAUUGGCAUGUGGCCCGUGGCCAGCGAAGCGGCAUCCGUCGUGAAGGCGGCUCUUCGAAAUCACUUGCCCGAGCGAGCUCUCCAGCAGUGCGUCUCAGUGGCAUCAGAUGAUCCGUCGGCGACAUUGUUUGCAGAGCUCAAGCAAAUCAUGCCUCAGCUCAAGUUUUUGUGCCUAGAUCCUGUUCAUCUCGCAAUUGUGUAUAAUCAGGCGCACUGGCGGAAACAUUCUCCGGGCCAGGCAGUUUUGCGAAUCAUUUUGAAUAAAUUCAAUAAAGUGAGCUCAGAUUUAAAUGGCGCCGCGUGGGGCGCCCCUUACACGGGCCACCAGGCUAGCUCGCUGUCUGCCGCCGAGGGCCGCGCGCAGUCGUUGAUAGCCGGCGGCGGCAUGCAGAAGCGCCGAGCGCACAAGAUCAUUGCAGAUCUCGACGCCAAUGAGCCAUUCGUGAGAAAACUUGAGUUCAUCGAGGCAUUGGCGGCAUUGACGUCCGUCUACUGGGAAGAAGUGGACAGGCGCACCCCCGCCGCGCCAAGCAAGAAGCUGGCUGAUGUAAUAGCGAAUGCCGCGCAGCACAGUCGAUGCGAGUAUCUUUUUAAUAAUUUGCGCAUGCGGCACUCGCUGCCGGCUCGCGCGCUGCCAUUGCUCGGUUCGGGCACGAGCCCAAACGAAGCGCUGCAUAGCGAGAUCAACAGGUGGUUUAAGAACCAGCCGGAGUUGUACGCGCAGACUUUAGAGCUCCAGCUCGGCGUCAACGUAAUCGGCAAGCAAAUGAUGCAUAAUUCAGCUAUGUACGCCCCCACUCUGCGCCAGCUGUCUUCGCAAACUGUCGCAGCUAGCGUGGUCUGCUCGUUUGCGAUAUCCGCCGCCGAGUGGGCAAAUCAUUGCGCUUCUCAGGCGCAGGAGCAGAGGGCGCCGCGGAAAGCGCAGCUUCCGCUGGCGCUGCAGCGCAAAGCCGCUGAGCCCCUGGCGAACAAGUGGAAGGUGGAUCACAAGCGCAUGGUUGUUGCGCGCAAGCCAGCAGGGCAACAACAAUUCAUUCGCACCCUGAAGCGGCCGGGCGCAGCCAAGCAGCGCAAGCGCACGCCCUUCUCUCUUGUUCGGAAGCGCAGCUAA